CAGCAGCCUCGCAUACUGUGGCACGCAUGGCGAGCGCUCCGGACGGCGAUGAAAUCCUCUCGUCGCUGCCGUACCAAGUGCUGUUGGUGUUUGGCGGUUGGUUCUACGUCCUGUUUGCAGCUGUGGAGCUGUUCCUGCUGCUUUUCAAAGGGCUGAGCUUUCCUUACCCAAGCGGCAACAUGGCCUCCGAGGUGUGCCUGCUGGCCUUUCUGACGGUCAUCGAGAGUGUCCGUGUCAGCCUGGGCAAACGGGGAAACCUGACGGAACACAGCCCGUGCCUAGCACUGUCAGUGGUGCUGACGGUGCCGUCGAUACUAGGGGCGCUCUACUUCCUGCUGUGGCAGACAUACGUGCUGCGGCUGGACUGGGUCCUGGCCGCAGGGCAGGUGGCGCUGCAGGCGCUUCAGACGCUGUUAGCCGUCACCACCAUGGUGGCUACCAAGUGAAGCCCCCGUAGAUUCAAUGCUCCCUUUCACCAAGCACCCACAACACUUUCUAGAGUAUUCUCAGUGAAUCAUUUUCGGUGAUACCGUCACUUUCGUGUGACACGGCACCGGAUGUGUUGGCAUCUAGGGGUAACAGUGUUAGUCACGCAGUGCCAAACACGCUGUCAGGAGGAGCGGCAGGAACGUCAUUGCCUGUAGACGCAGAUGCGUCCUGGGCCGAGCUAAGUGAUGGCAUCCCCGAAAGUGAUCGACCAAGAAUGUCACUCCACUGCUGCCACUGAUGCACACUCCAAGAGAAAGAAAACUACUGCUCUCUAAAAUCAAUUUUGCACCCUUUGGGAUUUAUCUUGUCCGUAAACAAUAAUCGUCAUCUAUCUUGCAUGCCUUUCUUUUCUUUAGUAACGCUGCGUACCCAGCACUUGCGUGUCACAAACACCAUGUGUAUUAUCACCGUGACAUAGCAUUGUUGACAGGAAAGUAGCGAGAGCAGAGUUUUCAAGGAAGGAAGCGCAAACCAGACAGGUGACGAUCAUUGUUUGGGGACAGAUCUUGCUUUUUUUAGAAUAUGGAGGCAGGAUAUGAAGUGAGUCCUUUCUUUCUUUUUGUUCUCACUUAAGAACUUGUUGGUAACUCGCAACUGAUUCAUCUUGAAGCAGCAGUGUGUCAUGGACAAUAGACGCAACAAUGUGGAUGCUGCAAAUGUUUAAAACAGACAAGCUUUAUUCCUCAGGAACUGAUGUCCCAGCAAGCAUUAGCCAAAGUUCUAAAAUAUUCUGGUGCACUAUAGGAGGAUGCACUGGUUAGAUUAAUUCAUCAAAUUUUGCAAGUCUUAUAUAUUUAGAGACAAAGUUCCGUUCAAAAUUGUACAGCAUUCCAGGAAGACAUCCAUUUCGACAGUAUUUAUAUUCAUGCCUAUUAUGCAGUUAGUCUUUCCAUACCAUGAAGGAAGCCCGCAAAAUGUGAAGAUAACGACAUAACUGCGUGUUUGCGCAAGGUUGCAUUGGUCUCGAACGUGCCAUGCAUGAACACAAUGCAUUUAGCCUGGUGUCUUGGCACUCAAAAAAGUCACAGGGCAGUAAGGUGGGUGUUGCCUUCGAAAUUCACACCAGCGGUGGUGCCAGUUGCAGGGCCAAAAGCAACAAAUGGGGAUGUUUACGUGGGUGAAAGCAAAAUAAGAACCUAAAAUUGCCACAGCCCUGUCACUUUCUCUAUAGCAGCAGACUUGAUUGAAAGCACUGCCAUCGCCAUGCACGAAUGUGCAUUCAUAUAGUUGUGCAGAAAUUUUCUUAUUUCGCUGGCCUCCUUUAUGAUGCAGGAAUAAAUUAUGAUGCAAUAGGUACAAAUGUGAUUACUGCUGAAUCGGACAUUAUAACAUCCGAUUCAGCAGGGUAGCUUGAGGUUUGCGGCCCAAGGUGGCAUGGAAUGAGCACACAAAUUAACUGAUGCUUUUUCUUUUUUUGUCUUUCAUAAUUUCGACUUAGUAGUAGUACGUACUCCUAAGCCUACUUAGUAGUACGUACUACUAAGUAGUAGUACAUGGUGCUUCAUCUAUGCUUGCAAUUCCACUUUUGCGUUCUUGUCUCCAUUGUCUUUUACAUGUUGCUGAAUGAAUAUGCCGAACCCACUAGCCCAUCAACAUAUGCUGUCACGACACAUUGCUUAGGAACAUAGACAAAACACAGGACGAAGAAACAUGCGAUAAUAUCGAUGUUCCUGAAUGCUGUCAAAAAAAAGUACAGCUCACAUCAUUUGCCCUUUCAUUUACGCUCAUUUUGUCUGUGCCUUGGUACAAUGAGUUGUCCUCGCAAAUUUGCACAACUUUUUUUUUUUUACAAGACGGGGUGAAACUUACAAAAUGACAACACAGCCAACUGCAGCAAGCAUUUGCACAAAGCCCAGUUAGCCACCUCUAUUACUCUGAGAUGUGGCACAAAUAUCUAGUUACACCCUGUAGCAAUCAUGGUGUGCUUUCCAACACACUUUCGUCGGCAAAAAAAAAGAAAUGCAUAACACAGUAAGGGUUCUUGGAAACUGGAAAAAUGUCCGUGUGGGGGCUUUUCAUGCCAUUUGUGGAUUUAUGGUAGAUUGCUUUCAGCUGCUGUGGUAGCUCAGUGGUUAUGGCGUUCUGCUGCUGAAUGUGAGGUCACGGGUGUGGCUCCCAGCGUCAGCUGCCGCAUUUCCUGAGGACGAUAUGCAAAAAAAUGCUCACGUACUUUGAUAUAGGUGCACGCCAAAGAACUCCAGGGGAUCAAAAUUAAUCUGGAGCCGUCCACCACGGCGUGUCUCGUAGCUGUCGUGUUGCUCUGGGACACAUGAAUCAGCUAAUUCGUAGAUCGCCUUCAGGACUACCUCUGUUACGACAAAUUCUCUGGUUAGCUGAACAUUUCGAGGGCCUCAGUUUAGACUUCUGUUAAAUCAUUGCACUGCUGUGUUUUACCAAAACUUGAAGAUUUUGUAAGACAGGACACAUUUCUAAGGUCCAUUAGUGCCCUUUCUGAAGGUGCUUUUAAGCAGUUCAUUUAUAAUAGAAACAUUUAGAAAUAUAUAUAUAUAUAUUUUUUUUCAUUACUGUGUAUUAUUGCUAUAUCUGAGCCGACUUUAUGCAUCUCGACUACACGAUGCCACAGACAAUACUGGCAGCGGUGUAGCCAUGGGGUGGCACACAGGGCACAUGACCCUGCCCUCCCCCAAAAAGUUACUGGGUUAGUAUGUGACCUUCCCGGUCCCUCUCCCCCUCCUCCUACCCCUCCCCCACCCUGUUGGAGUGGGUGCCUCUCCUGAAAAUAAUUUCUGGCUAUGCCACUGAAUACCGGUUAUAAUUGGUAAUUACUAUGGUACAUUGUUGUUUGAAGGCUGCAGUGUUAGGUAGUGGAGUGUGCAUUGCACACUGUUGUGGCCACACCGUUGCAAUUCACAGGUCUAUAGAUUCAUGUCCCGUCAUGGAGUCAUAUUCUAAAAAGUGUGCAAGUUUCAGCACGUCACCACUGACUCCACUGGCCAUCUAGCAUGAAAGGAGACCGCAAUGCGCUUAGCUAAAUGCUCAAGGACUUCGAAGGGCUGUCAUUAUGAUCUCUAAGCUCAGUGCUCAUCUAGGAAAAAAAUAUAUUGCCCUGUAAUGUAAGACAACUCCAAAUCUUGCAUCAUAACAUCUAGUCAUGUCUUUUUACUUGUUUAUACAACUGGAUGUGAUAUUUACAUGAUAUAUUGCUUAUAUUAUUUAUAUGUAAAUUGUCCUUUGUCACCAAAGGGCUUAUGUGUUUUUGAUGUCAUUGUGUUCAUACUUUUGUGUCCUUUGUUCAGAACUUGCAAGCUUUAAAACUGUUUCGUACACACACCUGUGAAAUGGAAAGAUUGUACACAGUGCUUAUUCACAUAAAAAAGCAUAUGUAUGAGUUUGAAAACAAUAAAAAAUUUUU